CACAUGCAGGAGUCCCCGUGAUGUGAGUUUGAGUAAAGUUGGACAAAAGUGACUCAAGUUCGCAGAGGAGAGCAGACAGACUCUCUGUCUGACAGAUAGAGGCUUUAUCUCACUCUGUGGGUAAAGCUCGCGGUUUAACAGUUCGUUUUUGAGACGUUAGUUAGCAGUUUAGAGGCUCAUUCACUGGCCCGUAUUUUAACGGUUAUUCUGUUGGCUUUAGCCAGCGGUCUGAAGUUUCGUUUAUAGCUCGUUUUUAACGAUUCGUUUGGAGACUUUGGCAAACAUUUUAUCGCUAAUUUGCCAGUCUCUUCAUAGACUUGAGUUUGUUAACUUCCCUGUUCAUCAUGUCGACUUUUAAUGAACUCUACUGUGGGGACAGAGGCGACGUUCCUGACCUCCUCAGGUCUCUGGCUGAUUAUCCUUUCUCCUUCCCUUCAUUUGAUGAUACAGUAAAGGAGGCAGCUGUCGGUAUCAGUCAGGGUCAUCGUCCGGGUGUGCUCGGUGGUUGCAGGGAAACAAUGCCUGGUAAAGCCGCGCUGAAUGUGGCUGUUCAGCCCGGUGGGACCGUGACUAAAGCGGCUCCACAGAAAUCUUUUCCGUUUGUUCUGAAGAAAAUCAUGGACAUCCCGCCACCGAACAUUCUGGAGGAGGGAGACGACGAGAUCGAGAAGGAGAAGCUGUGCUCCUCUGACGAUGUGGAGGCAAGCGGGGACGGCUCAAGUGCAGGUGGAGGAUCCAGAGGAGGUGGUGGAGGAGGCGGCGGCGGUGGAGGAGUAUCAGCCUCCCUGACCCCUGCCAUCUGGGAGAAAACCAUCCCAUACGAUGGGGAGACGUUCCACCUGGAGUACAUGGACCUGGACGAGUUCCUCCUGGAGAACGGGAUCCCCGUGAGCCUGGAGGAGGAGGAGCUGCAGAAGACACUGAGCUCCACAGAAAGUAAAGGCAAAUCCAUCCUCAAGGUUACUACAACGACUCCUCCUACUGCUCCUCCUGCUCCCGCCGAAGCCUCAGCAUCCUCCCCCACCAGCUCCACGGUCACCUCUGAGACUGAGGAGCCGCUGACAGUCACCACCUUACAGCCUGCCAAACUAGAGGAGGAUGAUGAAGAGGAGGAGGGAGGACAAGAAGAGGAGGCACUUUGUGAGGAGGCGAUGGCAGAAGAAGAAGAAGAAGAAGAGGAGGAGGAGGAAAAAGAAAAAGAAGUGAAACCGAAGAAAACAGAUCGUAGCCCUGCAGAUCGUAACACGCCAUCCCCCAUCGAUCCCGAAGCCAUUGAGGUGGACAUUAACUUCCAGCCUGACCCCACAGACCUGGUCCUGUCCAGCGUGCCGGGUGGUGAGCUCUUCAACCCGAGAAAACACAAAUUUUCUGACGAGGAGUUGAAACCUCAGCCCAUGAUCAAGAAGGCAAAGAAGGUGUUUGUUCCUGACGAACAGAAGGAUGAGAAGUACUGGUCAAGAAGGAAGAAGAACAACAUGGCAGCAAAGCGUUCUCGUGAUGCUCGCCGUCUGAAGGAGAACCAGAUCACGGUGCGGGCGUCUUUCCUGGAGCGGGAAAACGCGGCACUGAGGCAGCAGGUGGCCGAGCUGAGGAAGGACUGUGGCCGCUGUAAGAACAUCCUGGCCAGGUAUGAGGCGAAAUACGGCCCGCUGUAAGAACCAUGAUCUCCGUAAGAAACGACGAAUCGACAUGAAGCUGAACUCCGCCCCCCGCAGAAUUCAACACGAUACAAACAUCAAGGGAUCUAAAUUUGAACCGUAGCUCCAGUCAGUGUGUGUGACACCACGCUGGAGGCUCUGAUACACACUGCAGGCAGUGAGGCAUCAUGGGAGCUGUAGUCACAGGGAGGCCUGUGGAGAGCGCCUGGCUCCUACACUCACAGAGGAGAGAGAGGACAAAUGUGGAUUCUCAAAAAACACAAACACGGAAACACACAUGAUCUGUCUGUGGACAAAUCACAGACGGAAACACGGAGCAGUCUGAUUUUAAAGAAUCACAACAUUGAAAUCAUCCACACAUCGUUUCUAUAUGUGCACUUCUUCUUCUUG